GAAAGUAGACUUUCAAACACCCAUUCAUCCAACCCUUUUCAUAUCCAUUUAUCCAAUACCAAGUUAGUGGGACCCUGACGCUUCCCGUGCUUUCAAAAACAUACUAAAUUUAUUUUGGUUAUACGUAAAACAAUCUGUCAAUAAUUAAAACCAGCCAAUGCAACCCCAUUUUUGGAACUCCAAAAAUGAGUGAAUAUCUCAAGCCCUGCAAUGCUCAACCAAAGGUUACGCCCUUGUAUACGGCUAACCUGAUUCUUAGUUUUGCAGAACGGACGCUAUAAUAAGUAUAAAUCAUAUAAGAAAGUACGAGACUUGCAGAUAAUACCCAGCAAUCUUUAAAAAAAAAAACACGCAUACGUGGUAUGCUUCUUAAAUGAAAAGCAGACUUGAAAUUGCGCUCGUGAUUUACCGUCGCAUUGUAGCGUACAGACGUUUGCUGAACUCUGGACUUCAGAUUUACCCGGAAGGCGAUUGCUUUGGAGCGUAACUGAAAAAGCACGAAUUAAAGCAGGACAUAUUAUUUUUGUCGCAAAGGUAUGUGCCGGUAGAAAUUCAACAACAUUGCAACAGUCAAGAAUAUUAACAUUAAGUGGCCUACAAAGAUCUAGCUUAUUUACUGACCCUUCUAGGUAUAUCAUCCAAGUUAUGGCUAACACGACACCGAAAGCGCCACCGGAGAAAACGAUGCUGUUUCAGCAGCAGCGGCCCGGCGGACUGACGUACAGGAUCCCGUCUCUGACCUACAUAAAGGACGGGGAUGACCGCAUCUUCCUAGCCAUUGCGGAAAAGCGGUCCACUCCAUGUGACACCGACGCGGAAAUCCUGGUCAUGCGAAAAGGAAAGUUGCAUUUAAACGGAACGGCAGAGUGGUCACCCAUUCGGGAACUGAGUUCAGCGAGCCUGCCGGAGCAUCGCACCAUGAACCCCUGCUUAGUACGUGAAAAAAUAUCGGAAACUCUCUUCCUUUUUUUUAUUUGCAUUCCGAAGAAUGUAUCUGAAACCCAACAGAGGUGCAGAGGUAAAAAUGCAGCCAGGCUCUGCUAUAUAUCCAGCACAGACAAGGGGGAGCACUGGAGUAAGGUAACAGACUUGACGGAGAGUGUGAUUGGAAGACAGAUUCACAGGUGGGCAACUUUUGCCCUUGGACCAGGACAUGGCAUCCAGCUUCUGAGUAACGGCAAAUUGAUUGUGCCUGCGUACGUUUACUACAUCCACUGCAAGAGCUGCUGCUAUCCUUGCCCAAAAUAUAUAAGGCCACAUGCCUUUUAUUUCUACAGUGAAGACAGAGGUGAGACUUGGCAUAUCAGCAAGCGUGUGAAGAAGAACUCCGCAGAGUGUGAAGUCGCCGAGAUCAUUGAUGGCAGCGCCAAUAGCCAUGUGUAUUGUAAUGCCCGGAGUUCAAAGGGUCACAGAGUAGAGGCUUUUGGUGAGAGCAACAGAGCUGACUUUGACAGGUGUAAUUCAGCACGGGCACUUGUGGAACAGCACCACGGGUGCCAAGGUAGCGUGAUCGGGUUCCCUGCACAGAAAACGGACCACGGCAGCGAUAUGCAGACCUGGCUGCUGUUUUCUCACCCCACCAACUGCAAGAAGAGAAAGGACUUGGGUGUGUAUGUGAACAAGAAGCCACUUUGCGCAUCUGACUGGCAGAAGCCCUGGAUCAUCUGUCCUGGCCCCAGUGCUUACUCUGACUUGACCUACUGUGCAGAUUUGGGACUAUUUGCCUGUUUGCUAGAAUGUGGCGAGAAGCAUGAGAAUGAGCAGAUUGCUUUCGUAAGUUUCCCACUUGAUGAUGUGUUGGAGGCAACCGAUAACUAACUUGCGGGUUUACCUAACCUACAGGUAUGACUAACCUACGGGUGUACCUAACCUGUGUGUAUGGAUGGAUGGAUGGAUGGACUUCAUGCUUUGCAGAAUGUGUCUAGUUUAACAUUUAGGGCCCACAAACAAAAUUAUUA